AUGUUGCUCAGCUUCCAGAUCCUGAUGGACCUCAUGCUGGUACACCUCAACAAGCGCAUCAACAAGCGGCUGGCAGCAGAAAUCUCCUUGACAGGCCUUACUGGCAACAGCAAGUUUGGCAAAGAUUGCAAGAAGAGGGCACAGCAGAAGACGCGGAUGGAGAACACCGAUACUGAGAGUAACCACACCAGCUUGGACGAGGAGACCUGCACUGGUGUCUGGCGUGACACCACUGUCUUCACGAUCAAUGGAAUGACAAGCCAAAUUGUUCUACCGUGGCAUCGCUUUCAGGAUUUUCCAUCGCUGUUGCGACCAUUAUUUGGAAUCUCUGAACAUGAAGAAGUUUUUGCAUAUUCCGUUGACCAUCCUCCAGCUGAUCUUGAUGCACAAGACCACGAAUGUCUCAUCAUGAGGACAAAUUUGCAGCCACCGAGUUCCCACAUCUUGAGACUCAUUUUGGUUGACAUUGAGGUAUAUCCUGGUGGAGAAGUCCAACCCACGACGUAUGCCAGACGAACUACCUGGAUGCCUCACACCGCCAAUCGUUUGUCCAUCCUUCGAUUGUUGGGACUCGAAGAACAUUAUCAAGAAGAUCAAACACGAUGCCAUCUCUGGGUUAAUCGCAUUUGGGUUGAUCCAGAACAUGACGUACCAGUUCAUUUCGACAAUGGCGACUCCAUCAUUGCCAUCAUUGCUGAUGAACAACUCAUCAAUGAACUCACUUCAGAAGAUACAGAUGAUCAAGACUCGAUGCGUUUUGCCAAUGGUGACUGGAACAGAGAACUUCACAACCGCUUUUUGCGCCAAGCCGUUGUGGAAAUGGAAGAAGAAGGACCUGCAGCCUAUGUAGUCACCUGGCUCUUGCAGGAACACAGGCAACCAUCAUGCUGGACUCCCAGAGUUGUGAAACUCACAGAGGACUACACGGCAUGGAGUGAUCUCAUUGUGGUCAUCCUUUACCCCGAUGAGGAACAGCUUCGUCCAUUUUGUCGCGUGCGAUGGGGCGAUUUCACGUUUGGCGUCAUUGGAGCUCCUUUUGAACCAGACAUUGUUCACAGUGGUGUUGGUCUAGACGUUUUAUUGCCACAUCAGGAGCUCAUUCCACCAACUACGGAACCUUUGACGAUUUUUGGGGAAGCCAUGCACCAGAAUGACCAUGAAGAAGUUGUUCUCAUGCAGACGAACCAUCCAUCAACCAUGGCUUCAGCUGAUGGUAUGACAACCCCAAUUUCGACAGCAGCAUGUCCAGGCGACACCAAUUUUACCUUUGAUCCCGAAGCUCCAGCAUUUGUUCCAGGGCAACCGAGUAUUGCUACACAAUCAGAAUUCGUCCAAGAACUACAUGACAAUUGGCGUGCGACUGCCUUUGCCUGGGAGGACGAGACUUCGUCGUGUACCAUUUUGGUCUGGAUGGUGGAUCAUAGCUGGACAGAACCUCACAGUUACAUGCCGCGCCCUGUGCGUUUGUACGAAGACUUUACCACAUGGGAAGAGCGAAUUGUCACAGCCUGGAAUGACCUUCUUCAACCAGGUUUGCCUCGUGAAUUACACUUGGUACACCCGACCCCGCCCACAGCUGACAAUAUGAUUGCAGCACAUGUGAUCGUUAUCCAACGGCCACGAGAUGAUUGGGUGACGAGUGUGGUCACUUGCCUUGACAGCACCAAUCAACCACAGACCAUGCACCAAGCGGCUGUGACCACUCACGAGCACAUCUUGCUUGACAACUUGCUGCGCAUUUUCCACCUUUACCAUGCAUGUAUUGGUCAGGGCGCCACUCAUGCGUGUGCAGCCUGGUAUGAUCGAGUGCCUCUUGAACGCACCCUUGAUGGGUCGCAGACCAGGGAGCGCCUAACAACUGAUGUGGUGGCUCAUGCACAGUGGCUCCUGGAAUCCUCAGUCGCUCGACCAGCUUUGAAGCUGGCUGAAAUGCUUGCGCCACCCACUUUACUCCAAGUGGACUUUAGAUCAGUUGAAAACAUGAGCACCACCAUUUUCAACAUCGAUCUUGGCAGCGUCCAACCGCGUGCCAGUGUCGUGAAAUGGCAUCCGUCAACGCAAGAGUUGCUGGAGUUCAUCCCUGACUGGCAAGGAGAAGCGCCUACUGGCAUAUCCUUCUUUACAGAUGGGUCAGCAGCCAACUUCACCAAUCAGCGUCGAUCUUCCGCAGCUGUGGUACGCAUCAUCCACACAGCUUGUGGCGAUCGUUUUGGCGGUUUUCGCUGUUAUGACACCAGCAUCAAUGGAUUUGCUCCUCACGCUGAAGCAGUAGCCAUCCUCACUGCAGUUCUUUGGACUGCUCAGAUGUGUGAAUUGAACCCGCACCUACAAGGAAGCACAUUUUGUUUCCAUUUCGAUUGCCUAUUUGCAGGCAUGAAUGCCCACGGACAAUGGCGCACCAAUGCACACGAAUCAAUUCAACACCUAUCUCGUGCCAUAGUGCAUUGGUUGGAAACACGAUAUCGGAUUCAUGCCCAAUGGCACCAUGUCAAAGCUCAUAGUGGACAACCUUGGAACGAAGCUGCAGAUGCAGCCGCUUGGGCAGCGGUCUCGCAAUGGAUCCCACAGAUUGAUUUCUGUUCCAUCCAACAUCAGCUUCUGUCAGACGAACCAGGUGUUGCAUGGCUUUGGAUGUUAGAUCUUGCGGAACAGCACCAUCCCGCAGUGCCUGCGAUCACAGACGGCAUUAUGACUGUCAAUGCGUCCGCAGCACUGUCUAUUCCUUCUACAGCUGCCAAUCACCCCUUUCUGGCGAGACCAGAAAUGCAACCAGAUGAUCUACAAGAGACCCAUUUGACUUUGACGUGUGCUACUGCCAAUGUGCUUACUCUCUACCAGAACAAGCAGGAGUAUGGCAAGGGCAUCACAGCACGGAUGGAAUCGCUUCUACAAGCAUUUGCAGACGAAGGUAUCAAUGUCAUUGGAGUACAGGAAACAAGAUCUCAGAUUAAUGGGCACACCACAUGCCAUGACUUCCACAUUUUGUCAGCACCAGCGACGGCCAAAGGUGUGUGUGGCAUUCAACUUUGGGUUCGCAAACGAUGGAAACUACCGCAGGGCUUUCUCCACAUUGCAACUUCCAACCUGCGCAUUGUGGCGACAGAUCCACAAUACCUUCUUGUUCGUCUUUGUCAUGAUGGAUUGCGCUUGCUCUUCCUGGUCGGUCAUGCCCCAAAUUGUCCUACCUUCGAUGAAGCAACGCAAUUUUGGUCGAAGCUGGGCAAAGCGAUUCCAAGUUCUAUGCGUUCGUGGUCCUUGAUUGUUCUGGUCGAUGCCAAUGCACGUACAUGGAGGAAAAGCAUCUUACGUGAAAUUUUUCAAACCUGGCGAUGGGGCAAAAUUCAAGAUGAUGUCCGUUGUCUCCAACCGUGGAUGCGUGUUCUCCACCAAGCUCUCGCGCUUCAUUCGGGACAACAUCAUCGUCUUUGUCUUCAAGUAGCUGCAGCAGUGCGACAUGAUGACGUCCAGUUCUAUAAGACACUGGCCGCAGAACAAAGCGACGUCGCUGCAGAUGAAGGCAUCACUGGCCUUUGGCGCAAGAUUCGCCAUCUCCUGCCAAAAGGCGUGGCCAAGAAGCGCGCCAACAUACGAUGUCGAGGCCCUCAAGUUGAUGACCUCACCCGACACUACUCCAACCUCGAAGCUGGCAAGGAAAUCGCGUAUCCUGCUCUACUCACACAAUGUGCACAACAGCAAAGCGAAGCCCAGGCUGACUUGCCAUUGAUGAUCUCACUUCAUGAGAUUCCGACACGAGUUGAAGUGGAGCAAGUUUGCAAAUUGGCAAAGAAAGGCAAAGCGCCGGGCCUUGAUGGAAUCCAAGCUGAACAACUUCAACAGAUGAUGAUUUGGCCUGGAUCCCCUAUCGCAGACAUCGCGUACAAUAUCCUUAUGACUGCGCUCCUGAAGGACCUGCAAGUUGGUCUUCAUCAAUUGCCGCUGAUCCAACAAGCCAACAGCUUUUUGGACAGCUUGUCACCGACCAUUGCAUGGGUAGAUGACAUUGCCUUGCCGCUACCAUGCCUCGCGGCGUGUCAACUUGACAAUCUCUUGCAGCAAGCCAUGACAGUGGUCCAUCAGACCUAUGCUGGCAAAACGGAAGCCAUCUUGCAGUACAGAGGAAUUGAUGCCCCAGCUUGUCGACGCGAGAGAUUCAUUGACAGCUUUGGUCAGAUUGACAUCCCAGGCUAUGACCCUUUACACAUUGUCACCAAGUACACGCACUUAGGCAUUGUGAUGGCCCAAAGUUGCGACAUUCAGCAGGAUCUCAAGCUCAAAAUGGGCAAGGCGUCAGCCGCUUUUCGCAGCAUGAGCAAAACCAUAUUUUUGAAUCGCAAGCUGGAAAUUCGCCUUCGGUUGAAGCUGCUUGAGACUCUUGUCCUGCCAAUCCUUUUCUAUGGAUGUGGAGCAUGGCCUCUUUUGUCGACCAGACAGUUUGCAUCUGUUUCCUCAGCCAUUGUGAAAUGGCAACGACAAAUUGCAGGAGAAGGAUAUUGGAACGCAGAACAAGUGACUGAUGCUGAAUUCCGAGCCAGAUGGCGACUCCCACCAUUGGCUGUCCGCCUCGCCAAACACCGGCUCUUGUUUCUGUUGCAAUUACAACGACAUGGACCACAAGUAGUUUGGGAAAGCAUCACUGCCGAGGAUGAGAUAUGUCGAACCUCCUGGCUUGAUGCAGUGCGACAGGCUCUCCAAUGGCUUGGCACCAUGAUAGCAGAUCUCAAGGACAGGGAAUGGACUUGUGAAGCAAUUUUGACCUGGACAAGUCAGGCAGAUGCAACGAUGCCCAAUCAAAUCCGACGUGCGGUGGCCCGCUUUCUGACUCAGGAAGAGACCAUCCAUCAUGUGGCACGCAUGCAUCGUGAUAUCCGGGAACUUUGCCAACAACAUGGAGUUGUGUUUGAUCAGACACCCACUCUACAAGAACCACUCCCUGAUUUGUUUCCAUGUUCAAUGUGCUCCCGUGCUUUCUCCACCAUUCAGGGAUUGAACGCGCACCAGUGGAAGCAACAUGCACAUAUCUCUGAGGAGAGGCGCUUCGUGUAUUCGGGCGUUUGCGAAUGUUGUCGAAAGUGCUUUUGGACAGCGCAGAGGCUCCAGCAACAUCUCCGCUACUCCAAGCGCAAAGCGAAUGGGUGCUUCUGGUGGGUUCAACGACACCUGGACCCCUUGCUUCAGCCGGAACGAGUCGACAUUCCGGAACCACUACAAGGCCAACAUCGUCUUCCUUGUACAGCAGCGGCUGGCCCUUGCCAGCUUGAUGUCACAACGAAGUGGAGUCGUGACCAUGCUCGUGCAUGGAAGCUGUGGCAACACGAAUGGCACCAGCAAGGCUUUCCAGAAGACCUCUCAGAUGAACUAUGCCAUGAGGUGCUGGAGGCCAUUUCUGCCACUACGAGGCAAUGGUGUGCAGAUGACACGCAAGAUCUCUCAUGGAGAUGGUGCAAGACUGUGGAGAUCUACAACACUGACCCGGUUCGACAUGCGCAAGCCAUUUGGGCUUUUGCCCUUUGGGGACGAACCAGGCUUUAUGAUCUGCUUGACGAGAUCGAGGAGGUCGACCAGAAGAUAUCCAGUGAGACACAGUAUUUGGACCUGCUCUACGAGCUUCCUGUUGCCAAGUUAGUCGAUCGAUUAGAGCAACUUCAUAGAGCUGCUCCACCUGCUGCUCCGCUACCAGAAAUCCCGACUUCGACCCGUGAUCAACGAGCACAUUUGCCGCUGGAAUCAACUCGCAACGCGUAUGACCACAGUCAUGCUCUUCUAGGUGACUGCCACUAUUGGGCGAAGCGUUUGAUUGAGCAGUACUUCCCUAACUUCGAGGUCAUUAUGCUUUCUUUAGACACGGCAGUGGGUGGAACACACUGUGAUCUAUUGAAUGGCCCUGGGCUGGAGUCGCUACACCGCAUCGCGCAGGCAGGUGUCGUAGCAGGCAAUCUCGCAGGCCCACCCUGUGAAACCUGGAGUGCUGCUCGCCAUCUUCAGCCUCCUCCAGACUCCCAUGAACGUUGGCCACGACCUCUUAGAUCGGCGCAACGCGCUUGGGGGCUGGAGUAUCUCACGCACCGAGAACUCUGCCAAUUGGCGACCGGAAGUGCCUUGAUGCUCUCCAACUUCAAGAUUGAGAUCACAGUGGUUUUGCGUGGUGGUGCCUCCCUGCUGGAACAUCCAGAUAUCCCUGAGUGCCAGGAUUAUGCUAGCAUCUGGCGAACCCCUGUUCAAUAUCGACUUUGUCAUGCAGCACCGGGCCAUCAGCGAAUUCACAUUCAGCAAUGGAAGUAUGGCUCCAAAGCAGUCAAACCGACUUUGAUCAGGGCAAUGGGGCUACCGGCUUCUGCUGCGGUUCUUCAUGGACAAGCCUUGCAGGGUCUCGCGAAGCCUGAGAAGCAUCUGAGCGGCCGAGAUGUAGAGACAGGUCAAUUUCGCACGGCAUGCGCGAAAGAAUACCCGGAAGGGUUGUGUAGGGCGCUGGUCACAACUCUUUUCCAAGGACUAGCCAAGCGGCGACGAGCCGAAGGCAUCGUCGUGCGGCCAAUGUCCCAGCUCGGAGAGCGGGACAUCCAGUGGCUCACUUUGGUGGAACAUCUGUCCAACACCAAUUUUGUGAACAACGACUUCCACUUCCCAGAGAAGAUCCCAAAGACGUGCCCGUGCCAAAGCACGCUUACAGGCUUACAGUGGUUCCUGCACACCAAGGGCUUUCAGCGUUUGACUGUGAAACAGCUGGCAAGGAUUCACACUAUCCUGUCUGCACAUCACAGCAAAGAUCCUCUUUUUCUUCGACGUAUUCAGAAAGAGAUGGCGUCUUUGAAAGCUCCGCCAUGGAGAUGCCGCGCAUGCCUCAAGACCCUGAAAGGUCAGAUGCCAAGAUGCGCAUGGUGCGGUGGUCAUUGGCAGCAGUGCUACGAUCCCAACUUCGUUCCUGGGGAAGGUCAAAGACCGAAGUCGGUGCCUCGAGCUUAUCAAGAUUCGCAGGCUGCGGUGCCAUGGAAUUAUCAACAACCUCAACAUUCUCAAACAGAUUGGGGUCAAAAUGCAGGACAUGGUCGAGGUCAUGGAUCAGGACGCAGUCCUCGACAAAGAUCGAGGCGAUACCGUGGUGGCAACAAUGGGCAGCAUCAACAGCAUUCUGCACCAGUACAGCAAGCUCCACUACCAGCUCCUGCUCCCAUGAUGCACAAGGGCGAUGGCAAAGGGCAGACCUCUAUGAAAGGCUCCGGUGUGAGCCCUGUGUUAGCCCCUCCGCCACCUCCACCUAUCAUUGUACCUGCUCCUCAGGGUUAUGGAAAUGCAAUUGCACCCCAAGCAGCCCAACCACAAGAUGGUAUAUGGGGCCCGCAGAUGGUAGCACAAGACACUUCAUUGUAUGCCCCCUCACCGGCAGCCCCUUCAGAUGCCGAAGUUCGUCUGAGAUCAUUGCUGCGAGAAUUGAAGAAGGCUCCGGAAGAGUCUCUUCCAGCUGGGCUACAGGAAGAAGUGAAAAAGAAUACAGCUCGAGAAGAAGAGUUGACAACCAAAGGGUUGCACCGAGCUGUGGACAAAGUCAAGAAAGCCAAAAAGGCAGUUUCAGCCGCUACCUCUGCCAGGGUGAAAUUGAUGACAGACUGGAGAAUUUUCCUGCAACAAAGUGUGACCACAUGGCAGGAAUACACCACGAUGUUCCAAACGCAAGCGCAGGCGAUGCAGGAGAAUUUGGACAAUGCCCUCGAAGCUCUGGCGGCGGCAAAGCGCAACUUCCACGAGCAAUCGGCAUCGUUGAAGGAGAACGACACCGAGACCAUCUCCGACGACGACAAGGAGCCGCAAGAUUCAGAGAUGAACCUGCAGCUCGAAAACUCCAAGCGCAUCCACGAAGGCCUGACGACUGUGGUGACCAGUCUUCAAGAUUUGACAGAGAAGGCAGAGCUCGAAGAGCAAAAAGCCAAACGACAACGCAAGGCCCCAGAUCCCACCGACGACGAGGUUGGCGAUCUCUCCGGCUCUGCGCUUCCAUCCAUGCAGCCUUUUGGGGCAUUUCUUCGUGCGGUCAGAGUUUUGCAGGAAACAGCUGAUGCCAUUCAAGAUCAAAAUGUUGCUGCGCCGGACAUUGAUACAUAUGCACCGUGGGUGCAAGAUGUUCAUGAACUUUGGACGAGAUUGGCCGUCCUGGGGCCAGGUGGUGCAGAGAUUUUGGGUCGCUUGGAGACGUGGUACACUGAUCAUGAUUCAUUUCAACGCUGUUAUAAUUCCCGUAUAGCAGUUUUUGCAGAUGAUUACGAAAAUUGGGAGGCACAGCUCAAGCUCCUCUGGAGGGAUCGAAUCAGAUCUGACGAACCUAUUGAGUGUUUUUUGAUCUAUCCACCCCCAGAUGAUCGUGCUGAGCAGACUAUUGGUCAGAUGAUGAUAGUUCAAAGAGCAGCUGCCUUUCAACGCUCAGUUCUUAUCUCUGUUUAUGACAGUGACUAUGACCAAGGAAGAGCGCAUUCUCAUGCUUUGGUUAUGGGCGACCGCAUUGAUCUUCAGUCAGUAACCACAAUGAUCCAAGCUGGUGAAGACUGUCCACCAGAUCGCCCAGCCAACGUUUGGUCCUUGUGGUUUGGCACACGGCAGUUUCAUCCUCAUGAAAGAGCAUUUGCACGGCACGGCCAUGCAUUUCGUUUUUUGAUUCAUCGACGCCCUUUGGAUGCUCCUGCCGAUCCUCUUGCUAGCGAUAGUGAUGAUUUACGACAACGGUUGAGAGCUAUGAUUGGUGACGCACCUCCUAGUCCUCGUAUUGAGUACAUGAUUUCUGCUCCCAGUUGGCUUCAAACACUUCAACGCACUUUUGACUCUUUCGCCACUACGGAACGUGAAGAUGAAGGUCCAGUCGCAUACGUCGCAGCAUGGUAUGUGAACUGCCAUCGACAGCCACGGUGCCAACCUCAUCGCACUGUGCGCCUGAGAUCUGACAUCUCUGCAUGGCAACGCACACUCAUGGAAGCAUGGCGCGAUCGUCUGGAUAUGCGACUUCGUACAGAGCUGUAUUGGGUUGACCCCACACCACAAAACCCGCCAACGCAGAAUUUGAUUGGCCAUGUGCUCAUAGUACAAGAACCACGCAGAGAUCACGUGGUUGUUCUUCUGUCAGGAGUUGCUCACCUUGGUUAUCAGGAUGAUAUUCAUUACUCAGCGGUAUGCAUCCAUGAGCGCCAAACAGCUCCUUCCAUUGUUGACAUCCUUCCUGUACCAUCACACUUGCGCAGCUUCAACUUUCAUGUCGGCAUAGGGCCUCGAGAAUUUCUUCGCGAUGCCUCCUAUCGCCUUGAGAAUGGUGACAACAUUGUGAUCGACAUUGAUGUUGAGGUCCCUGUCCGCGAGGACUUACAUCCUCGUUCAGAGACAGACGAGACCAACUUGCUACAACGCCGCCCGCUGCAUCGGAAGUUGCCCAUUGUAGAUUCAAGUGGUGUACCUGAUCAACCAGUCAUGCAGAAUGGUGAAGUGAUACAGCUUGCCAAUUUACUCCCUUCUCCUGUAUGGACAGUCAUUAACUGUCAAAGCAUUGCAGAUUUGAGGCAAAGGCUCACAACUUUUCCAGCUCCGCAAGUUUGCUUUGACCUACAGACGACGAAAUGUACCCAAGUGACGGCCGAUGCUCUGCAGGCAACACCCUUCUGGACCUUUGAGUAUCCGCUCGCCUUUGAAUUCUACACUGAUGGUGCCUUCAACAGUGCACGUAGUUUGGCAGCUGCAGGAGUAGUUCUGAUAGUUCAAACUCAACAUGGAAACCGUUUUGGUGGCUAUUUGACGUCAUGGUGCGCAACAACUGCCUCCGCCCCUCGAGCAGAAGCAUCGGCUGUGAUCUUAGCCGUUCACUGGGCAUGCUACCUUGUUGUGGCCCUGUGUUUUUCGUCCACGCCGAUGUCCUUGAUGUAUGACAACGUUUAUGCUGGACAAGCCACGUCACCACAGACCUUGCUGAGCUUCUCCAAUGUUGUUUGCAUGAAGGGCCCGACCAAUGUGCACUUUCAUGGCUAUGGCUCUAUGAAAAGUCAGCUCGAGGGGAUGGUGAUGCGCCAGUCUUGCACAACCAUCAGUGGAGGUUCAAUGCGGCUGCCCCUCUUGAGCACAUGCCUGAUUUCCAAGCCCAACCAUUUGAACGAAGACGUGUCAAACAUCAAGGCGCACACCUGCAAGCCGAGCAGAUCUGUCUACGCUUUGCCACAGCUAAUGUUCUUACCUUGUAUCCUCAACAAGAUCAUGGUGGAUCCUUUCUUGGGGCACGAGCCGAACAGUUGGCCAUGCAGUUUUUGUCGGCCGGAAUACAUUGCAUCGGUCUUCAGGAAACGAGGUGUGGCCAUUCUGGUCAUCAGUCCUUUGAGUCAUUCCACGUCCUUUCCUCCAGUGCCACUGCUCGAGGACAUGGAGGUGUCCAAUUUUGGAUUGCGAACAAGAUCACCAUGA